GAAACUCCAUUGAUGUAUAAAAAAUGCUGAAGACAAGCCUCUUGAUUGUGAAAAAUGAAAAUACAAAGUGAAGCACCACUGCUGUAUUCUCUCCCUAAAAUAGUGGUGAUGACUCCCAUGUGUAGGCAGGCACUUCCAGUUAAUAAAAGGCACUAAAUAUGUUCUUGUUCUCAUAUCACACAUGUUUUCUUCCAAUAAGGCUCUAGAUGAGAGGAUGUGCCAUGUGAAGCUGCAGAAUGUUAAUUGUCACAACAAUUGGCCACACCAGAUUACAGUCAAAUGCUUUAUGGUCAAUAAAAUCUAUAGAAUUGUUAAGUAUUUUUAGCAUGUCUUCCAUUUUCAAUAAAAGCUUACAAUUAUUGCAUGUAAUCCAAAACUGUUGGUAAGAACAGGGUUUAAUUUUUUGGCCAUAACAAAUUCUGUUGCUAUAUGUUUGUACUGGCACUUUUUUUAUUGCUUAAAUAAAUGAUUUAUUAUAUAUAUAUAUGUUUCCUAGUCAGAGCACACAACUACCCUGGUGAACAGUGUGUCCAAUAGGUGACUGAAGUUUAUGGACAAGGCAGACAGCAACAAUGGAUGAUUCAGAUAGUCCAACCUAUGCAAGUCUUGCACCUGCCAACCCCACAAUGGUUAAUGACUUGGCAAGUGUUGAUCUCCCAAGCUUGUCAAAUAUUCCAGAUGUCAACAGUAAUGGCCACCUACCCAGCGCUGUUCAAAGUCCCUUGUCUGGCCAAGAUGUUUCAUCACCGCAGACACCUGCUUCACUAGACAUGAAAUCUGAUGGUUAUUCUGAUAUGGACAAAAGCACAAUGAUUGCAGUCAUUCAGUUUCUAAAAAGAGGAAAUCUUAAGUCAACAGAAGAGAUAUUACGAAAGGAGUGCGGUUUUUUCGAGCCUGUAGACGUGACUGACACGUCUGGAGCCCUGGGUGAGGAGGGCGAGGUGCUGGCAGCGUACAAGAGUGAUGGCAAUCCUGCCGAGUAUCAGGAUGCAUUCAAAGCUCUUUCUGCCUUUGUCGAGAAAAGUCUGGAUGCAUAUAAAUAUGAGGUAGCAGCCGUGCUGUACCCUGUACUGAUCCACAUGUACCUGGAGCUUAUUUACAACGGUCACCGAGGCGAGGCGGUGGAGUUACUACAGAAUUGCUCAAGCUCCAUUGAAGCUCAUCACGCUGAUGACCUUAGAAGCAUUUCCCUAGUUACCAGUCGUGCUCAGAUGGCUGGUCAACCUUUGCUCAAUACUUUGCUCUCUGCUCAAUAUACGUGCCGCAUGUCUCGAGACUCUCUGGCGCACCUGAAGCGCUUCCUGGCAGACCGGAGCGCGGGCCCCGUACCUCGCAUCAUCCAGGACCGCCUCAACAUCGACCUCGUCGACGGCCAGCCCCGCACUAAAGCUCAGGUCCUCGCCGUGCAGGGUGCCAUCACCGGAGAAGCUCCUCGCUCAGCGAACAAGACGAAAAUAUUCUAUGGGCUGCUCAAGGAACCUGAGCUCCAAACUGUCAUCAAUGAAGAGGAAGAAGCUGAAGAUGACUUGGAUAAACCCAAAAAGAAGAAAUCAAAGAAAGAUGCUCUCCAAAAGAAUAAGAAGAACGACCCAAAUGCGCCUCCUGCCAACCGCAUCCCGCUUCCUGAACUGAGGGACCAGGACAAACAGGAACGAGCUCGUAUCUACAGAGACAGCAUGAAGCGUGUCACGCUCUCUAGAGACGCUCUUCCCUCCAUCUGUUUCUAUUCUUUCGUCAAUGCCAGCAAUACCUGUGUUGGUGGCAGUGUUUGCAGUGUUGACAUCAGCGACGACUCUUCCAUCCUUGCAUUUGGUUCUGCUGAGAGCAUCUUGAGCGUACACAGCAUCACCCCUGCUAAAUUGAAGGCCAUGAAGCCCGCUGAGCAGCUUUCUGAUAUUGAUAAGGAUUCUGAAGAUGUGUUGGUGCGCAUGUUGGACGACCGGAGCGGUGAGACGCAGCGCAACCUGAUGGGCCACAGCGGCCCUGUGACGGCUGUGUCCGUGAGCCCUGACAAGGCGUUACUGGCGUCCUCAGGUCAAGACGGCACGGUGCGCAUCUGGAGUCUACAAACAUGGACGUGCGUGGUGGUGUUGCGUGGUCACAUUUAUCCCGUAUGGAGCGUGCGGUUCUCCCCUCACGGCUAUUACCUCGUCACUGGCGGCCAUGAUAGGACAGCUCGUCUCUGGACUACAGACCAGCAUCUGCCGCUACGCAUAUUUGCCGGGCACUACUCUGAUGUGGACGUUGUGGAGUUCCACCCGAACAGCAACUACGUGGCGUCGGGUUCGAGCGAUCGCUCCGUGCGACUCUGGGACUGCAGUAACGGCGCCUGCGUGCGCAUCUUUACUGGCCAUAAGGGUACAGUAUCAGCAGUAAAUUUUUCACCGUGCGGACGAUACUUGGCUAGCGGCAGUUGUGACGCUCGUAUCCUGGUGUGGGACUUGGGUGGCCACGGUAACGCGCUCGCCGCUCUCUCCAGCCACUCGGACACCAUCCACACCCUCGCCUUCUCUAGAGAAGGCACCAUCCUUGCCUCUGGCAGCAUGGAUUGCACCGUUAAAAUAUGGGACUUCGCGAAGGUGACCGAAGAAGGCCGGGACGAGGACGUCAAUGCGACCACGUCUCCACUUGAGGACAAGUCUCUGCUGCUCUCGACUUUCCCUACCAAGCAAACGCCUGUACUGUCCCUGCACUUCACCAGACGCAACGUCUUGCUUGCGUCGGGGCCCUUCAACGGCUGAACUAUCAGUAUUAUUAUUAUGCCACGUUUAAUGUAAAUAUUAUGAAGGUGCGUAUUCGUAAGUGGUUCGUAAGUUAAACAUGGUCCAAGGUUCAUCACGCUACGUUGGACGUUUUAUCUCAUUUUUUAACAUACAAAUUGGC